CAGCUCUGGAGACAGCUCUUGUGACCUCCUACCCUAGGCCCCCAGCACCAUGACGGUUUCAUACACUCUCAAAGUGGCGGAGGCCCGCUUCGGAGGCUUCUCUGGGCUGCUUCUCCGUUGGAGGGGAAGCAUCUACAAGCUCCUGUACAAGGAGUUUCUACUCUUCACUGUCCUGUAUGCUUUGCUCAGCAUCACCUACCGGCUGCUGCUGACUCAGGAGCAGAGGCAUGUGUAUGCUCAGGUGGCCCGAUACUGCAACCGCUCUGCAGAUCUCAUCCCCUUGUCCUUUGUCCUAGGUUUCUACGUGACCUUGGUGGUGAACCGCUGGUGGGCCCAGUACACAAGCAUCCCGCUGCCGGACCAGCUGAUGUGUGUCAUCUCGGCCAGCGUGCAUGGCCUGGACCAGCACGGCCGCCUGCUGCGCCGCACCCUUGUCCGCUAUGCCAACCUGGCGUCAGUGCUAGUGCUGCGCUGCGUCAGCACCCGGGUGCUCAAGCGCUUCCCCACCAUGGAGCACGUGGUGGAUGCAGGUUUCAUGUCUCAGGAAGAAAGGAAAAAGUUUGAGAGCCUGAAAUCUGACUUCAACAAAUACUGGGUCCCCUGUGUCUGGUUCACCAACCUGGCAGCCCAGGCACGAAGGGAUGGGCAAAUCCAUGAUGACAUUGCUCUCUGCCUGCUCCUGGAAGAGCUGAACAAGUACCGAGCCAAGUGCAGCAUGCUGUUUCACUAUGACUGGAUCAGCAUCCCUCUCGUCUACACCCAAGUGGUGACCAUAGCAGUAUACUCCUUCUUUGCCCUCUCCCUGGUUGGCCGCCAGUUUGUGGAGCCAGAGGCAGGGGCUGCCAAACCUCGGGAGCCUCUCAAGCCAGGCCAGCAGCCAGGGCCAGCGCUGGAAGACCUGGACGUGUAUGUGCCUCUCACCACUCUGCUGCAGUUCUUCUUCUAUGCUGGCUGGCUCAAGGUGGCCGAACAGAUCAUCAACCCCUUUGGUGAGGAUGAUGAUGACUUUGAAACCAACCAGCUCAUUGACCGCAACUUGCAGGUGUCCCUGCUCCUAUUAGAGCGGCACCUUCUGUGUGACCUGACCCGGGGCAUUUAG